UUUCCCACCACCUCUGCUCACCAACGUGACAACAUUCAUGAACGUGACCUCUUAUGAAAACAAUACCAUCAUGCACUUCACUUUCGGUCGAACGGCCGGCCUGACCACAACCCAAUCAUAUGCGCAAGUUAAACUAACCCAAGCCACGACACCAACACCAGCUCCAGCAAAUAUCCUUGCAUCCAUAAACCUGCCUUACAUGAUAGCCGAGUUGGUUAUAGCGCUCCUGUCCGCAGUGGGCAACGUGCUGGUGUGUGUUGCUGUGGGACUCAACAGAAAGCUUCAAACAGUUACAAACUACUUCUUGGUGUCACUGGCGAUCGCAGACAUCUGCGUAGGUACGCUGGCGAUCCCCUGCGCCAUAAUGACGGACCUCGGCAUACCCCAAAACAAUCUCUAUCUCUGUUUGCUCAUGUUGUCUGUGCUCAUCAUGCUAACCCAAAGCUCCAUCUUCAGCCUGCUGGUCGUCGCCGUGGAGCGUUACGUGGCCAUCUUCAUGCCCUUUCAGUACCACAGGCUCAUGACGCCUCGCAACGCAGUGCUUAUUUUGUGUGUCACCUGGACGCUGGCAUUCCUGAUCGGUCUGGUGCCGUUGAUGGGCUGGCACAAGACUCCGCCCGAGUCGGGCUAUUGUUUUUUUGUGUUUGUGGUGGACAUGACCUACAUGGUCUACUUCAACUUCUUUGGAUGCGUGCUGAUCCCGCUGUUGGUGAUGUUCCUCAUCUACGCGCAGAUCUUCGUCACGGUCAAGCGGCAGAUGAGGAGGAUCGCGGCAGAACGGGGCGGAGCGACUAACGAGGGAACGGCCAAGAUGAAGAAAGAGAUGAAAAUGGCCACAUCCCUCUUUUUAGUCCUUUUCCUUUUCACUGUCUGCUGGAUACCUUUACAUAUUAUAAACUGUUUCCUGCUCCUGUGUCCGUCAUGCCCUGUGCCCCUCCCACUGCUGCUUACGGCCAUUAUUCUCUCCCAUGCAAAUUCGGCUGUUAACCCUUUUCUCUAUGCCUAUAAGAUGAAAACCUUUAGGAAGGCCUUUAAAGCCAUAUUCAUGUGUGGUAGAGGGAUCACCGAUAUGGAGGACCAACAUGAUGCAUAGACUUUAUUAAAAAUGUAUUUUGUGAUGGCCUGGUCCAUGUGUGUAAAACCUUUGCUCUAUAUUGUUUAUAUUUCUAGAAAUCAUUUCUUCAUGCAAAAGAGAAAAACGUAAUUUUGAAGAAUGCCACAAUAAUAAUAAUAAUUGAUGGAUCCAAUAAUUGAUGGUUUGUUGCACUAAUCUAUCUGGUUUAACUAAACAGUCUGCCGGUGAACUUAAAUACAACUUUACGUGUAAAAGGUUCAUACAUGGGCUAUUACAUUAAGACAGAUUUUGUGUCUUUUUAUAAAUUACAUAAGACAUUUGUAUGUGGCAAAUAUAUAA